GGGGGAAAUUUAUCUAUUGAUCAUGAUACUCGCGCAAGCCCACCUCAAGCCCAUGAGAGCCCAAACAUGGCCCAUUGCAGCUCCGAUGCUCCUACAAAUGUUGCUGAAUCACCACUGUAGGGCAACCCAAUUUCUCAACAAUCCUCUAACUGUGCUCAAAAUAUGAAGAACCUAAAGCUUGUGACCGGGUUGCAUCGUGGGAUCAGAAAGAAGUCAGCAAGAAUAGGGAAGAGAGGUAAGAGAGAUGGCGACAGCCUUUCAAGUCUUUCUUUUUCUGAUAGCAUCACGGAGAAAAGAAUCCAACUUAAGGAUAUCAGUAUUGAAGACAUGGAUAUUAGACGUUUUGUGGAGUUUGGAAGACAGCUAGGGUUGUGCUUCGUGGGUAAUGAAGAAAUCUUUGCUUCCAAAUUUCGUGAGUUAGAAGAGCGUGAUAAGGGUGUUAAGAGAAAGGAAUUGAGGAAGAUAGUCAGUGGUGAACAUGUGAAUUUCUUGAUGAUCCAAGAAACAAAACUCGAGACAGUUGAUGAGAAUCUGUGUAGAUCAAUUUGGGGGCAAGAGGACUUUGAAUGGUAUGCGAAGAGUGCAGAUGGCAGAUCUGGUGGUCUUCUUUGUAUUUGGGAUUCUCACUUAUUUAAGAAAAUUGAUCUAUUUGAAGGAGACGGUUUCAUCAGUGUGGAGGGUCUGUGGGGGGCAAAUAAAACUAGUUGCUGCUUUUCAAAUGUUUAUGGCCCCUGCAAUGUUACGGGUCGUGCAAAGCUUUGGAAUGACAUUUCUGGCCAUAUUAGUUGUCGAACGUGCAUUUUCUGUAUUGGGGGAGACUUCAACUGUGUUAGAGGAGUGUAUGAAAGGAAAGGCAGAAUGAUUUCUCAUCCUAGUACUGAUGAUUUUAACCAGUUUAUCGAUACAAAUGGUUUGGUUGAUUUGCCGUUAUCAAAUAGGAAGUUCACUUGGUAUAAGAGUGAUGGGUCUGCCCAGAGUAGGCUCGAUAGAUUUCUUCUUUCUGAAAACUUUCAAGACGCUUGGGGUGACUGUGUCCAAAUAGCUUUCAAGAAAAGCAUAAGUGAUCAUUGCCCUGUUAGUCUUACCUCAAGCAAUGCCAAUUGGGGCCCUAGACCAUUUAAGUCGAUUGAUAGUUGGACUUCACAUCAUGAUUUUGGUAAAAUGAUACAGAGUUUGUGGAACUCUUUCCAAGUUGAGGGAUAUUGGGGUUUCAAAUGUAAAGAAAAGCUAAAGGCUCUUCGAAUGCACCUAAAGCAAUGGAACAAGGAUGUGUUUGGUAAUAUUGAUAGCCAACUAGAUGAAGCCCUAAAGAAUAUUGAGGCGAUUGACAUCAAAUGUGAAGGCCAGGAUAUUACAGAGGAUGAUAUGCUCAAAAGGAAGGAGGGAUUUGAAAACCUUUGGCAAUGUUUAAAGAAAAAAGAAAGGUUCGGAGACAAAUGGUGUGGGUGGAUUAAAGAGUGCUUAACUUCUGCAUCUGUUUCAAUUCUUGUUAAUGGGAGCCCCACGCAGGAAUUCAAAAUGCAAAAAGGGCUUAGGCAAGGUGACCCCCUUUUUCCUUACCUUUUUUUAAUAGCUGCUGAAGGUCUGCAUGCUCUUGUUCAUGAAGCUGAAAAGAAAAAUUUCCUUAUUGGUAUAGCUGUUUUUAGAGAUUUAUUUGUUUCCCACCUCCAAUUUGCUGAUGACACUAUUCUCCUUGGGGAAGCUUCUCUUAAGUCAAUCAGAGCAUUCAAGUUUAUCCUUAGAUGGUUUGAAAUUAUCUCAGGGCUUAAAAUAAACUUCAGCAAAAGUACCUUGUAUGGUAUUAAUAUUGAGGAGAAUUGGCUUAAUAUGGCUGCCUCUACCCUUAAUUCAAAGUGUGGGCACCUGCCCUUCCUUUACUUGGGACUCCCUGUUGGUGGCAACCCUCAUCAUCUCAGAUUCUGGAAACCAGUGGUUGAGAAGUUCCAGUCUAAGUUGGCAACCUGGAAAGGAAAGCUCUUAUCAUUUGGAGGGCGCAUCACACUCCUCACGUCGGUUGGUGAUGGCUCAAACACUAGAUUUUGGAAGGAUGCUUGGAUGUGCAGCUCUCCGUUGAUGUUUUCUUUCCCUCGCCUUUUUUGCCUUACAUUAAGCAAGGAUGCUUUGGUUGCCGAAUUGAAGCUGGGUAAUGCAGACGGGUGGGCUUAUCAGUGGCGCAGACUUCCCUUCGGUAGAGAAUUGGAUGAGCUUGAGAGGCUUGAAGAUUCCCUUCGAAAUGUUAUUUUAUCAGACGGAAGGCUUGACAAGUUCAUUUGGAAGCACUGCUCAACAGGUUAUUCCUCCAAGCAAACUUACAAAUUUCUUGAUGAUUUCCUUCCGUGCCUUGAUGAGAAAUGUUGCAAGGUGAUUUGGAAUCAGUUUAUGCCAUAAAAAAUUAGUGUUUUUGCAUGGCACCUCUUCUUGAAUAGACCACCCACUAAAGACAACCUCCUUAAUCGUGGUAUUGACCUUUUUUCCAACCCAAAAUGUGUUUUUUGUGGUGAUAGUGUGGAAGAUAUUAACCACAUCUUUGCAGUGUGUCGAUUUUCCCAAAACAUCUGGACUCGAUUAUGCUGCUGCUGGGGAACUACUUUUUCUCCCAUUGGUAACGCCUCCCUCCUCCUUUUGCAACUUUGUUCACUUAAGUCUGGCAUAAAAUCUCAAAGUUGUU